AUGCCUGAACUAUACAAAGGAAUCUGUAAACUCGUAUCAAAGGAAUUUGACGAAUACAUGAAGUCUGAAUGUAUGUUGGAAGCGCGAAAUCCGGACGAACUCGCUGGUUUCUCAAACAAACUGUUCAUGGAAGAGGUGAGAAUUUUCUGUCCCGUCUGGUUUCAUUGCGCUCUAGGUGCUAGUGGUGUAUCACAAGAUGCCUUAAAAGUGUGCGGCCCAGAAGUCAACUCUCUAGGUUUAGCGACAGCAACGAUAGCCCGCGUAAGAAACGCCAAAGCGUCUGCAGCGCAUUACCGAAUUUCGACUAUAUUAUUUCACAGUGGUGUUAAACACGACGACUUGACACGUUUGAAUCGCUUGGGACUAUGCAUGUCUCCAGAUUCCAUUGUCACCAUGCAGAAGAAAAUGAACGAACAAUUGGAGGGUAAAUUACAACUUUGGAAGGAGCAAAUCGUGGAGAAUCGCAGCGCUCUUAUGUUAGCCCGAGAAGUUCUCCAGAAGCAAAUCGCCACACCACUUGAUGUUAGCGAGCAAACUCUUCGAUUGUACGAAUUCUAUUCAGCUACUGGGUACAAAGCACUGAAAGCUAUGCUGGUUGUAGAAAAGGAGAGAGCAGGGAGAGAUGUUUACACCACCGACUGCCUACAAGCAGUUGUUGGAACUCUCGCAACAUAUCCAUUCUUUCUCUUACUUUUCAGAUUGGUUGGUGACAACAUUGACUAUGAAAUUCAAGCGCGGGUGCAAUCACAACAGCACAAGAACCGGUCCAUCCACUGGACACAUCAAUUUGCUGUUCUUGACAGAGUGCAAGAUCCAAACCUGGACUCUCAACGGAGUCAGAAAAAAGUAGGAGACAUUCAGCUGGCAGAGAUAUUACCAGACCGAAUUGUCCAGACACGCCUUGUGAGAAAUUGGGCAGUUAUUGUCAGCCGAGUAAUUACAAAGUACUUACCUCCAUUCCAAUCCUUCCAAGAUGUGGUUGUGAGACACAUUCCUCACAAGUACAGUAAAGAGAUGUCUCAACAGUCUGACUCUUGCUUUCUAGGAAUGCAAUUUUUGAAUCCAAAUGUAGCAGGAGACAUGGCCCAACUCCUCCAGCACAACCAAGAGAAGUAUGUACCCUGUUUAAUCAAUGAAAACAAGAAAAAAAUUCUUGCACAGAUACCCCUCCACGGUGAUCAGCUAUUUGAAGAGCGAGCAAGAAAUGUCAUAUGGACUUACAGGGAUGGAAUUGAUGGCUAUGAGAGACUUGAGGGAAUCAAUACAGAGUUUGCAGACUGGCAUGCCAAAUUCACAUUGUAUAAGACAGAGUUUAAGAUGUUUGUCAAUCAUUCAUCUGCUGCUGAGGUGGGUACUUCCAUGGUAAGCAUCAACAGGACAGGGAAGACGAAUGCUUCUAAAGGUGUGGAAAACCACUACAAUGAAUAUAGUGAAUUUCAUGCAAGAGAGACCGAGGCACACAUAUGUGCUUCAUUCAUGGAGAUGACAGGCAUGAACAAAAUCACAGGUAAUCCAGAAAUACUAUUGUUUCCUCAGAAAAUCAGGCCGGGCUAGAGGUCACGAUUCUUGGUGCUGACCAAAAGGAGUGUGGCCUCUGCAGAUGAGAAUUAUAUACACAUAUACAUGGUAUAUGCUUUGUGUUGAGAAGUCUGGAUAUGACUUUUUGCCAAUUGAUGUAAAUUGAUGAAUGGCU